UGUAUAAUUAACAAUGUCAGUUUUAUUUAUCUGCAUGCAGCGUAAAAUCUGACAUGCAAAAGCAAUGUCCCCAGGGGUUUAUUGCACGCUACUUUAGAUGUUAUAGAUCUUGUAGUUAAUACUGUAGUAAAUAGUUUCAGUUCAGCUGGUGAAGCCAUUCAUUUCCAGUGGCACACUGCAUACAUCAUGUCAGCAGUGGUGUUGCUGUCAGCUGGGUGAGAACAUGAGGAGCAGUGGUCUGUCUGGGCGUUCUUCUGAGUCUUAUGGAACGUUCUGGUUAAAGCCAUUUAUGAACUAUAUACUGGUAUCACAUGUAGCCUCUAGGCAUGGGCUUAUGUAGUUGCUCAGUACCCCUUUAAUUUGGCAGAGAUAUGUUUGAUUCAGUGUCUUCAAGUCCCUCUGAGGAAGUCACUGCCACUAGUCGGCACUAUGUUGAUCGGCUAUUUGAUCCUGAUCCACAGAAAGUACUGCAAGGGGUCAUUGACAUGAAAAAUGCUGUCAUUGGAAACAAUAAACAAAAAGCAAAUCUCAUUGUCCUUGGAGCUGUACCAAGGUUACUUUAUCUACUACAACAGAGCUCAUCUAGUUUGGAGCUGCGAACAGAAUGUGCUAUAGUGUUAGGCAGUCUAGCCAUGGGCACAGAAAACAACAUCAAGUCUCUAGUGGACUGUCAUAUUAUCCCUGCUCUUCUUCAAGGCUUGUUGUGUCCGGACCUUAUUUUCAUUGAAGCCUGUCUUCGAUGUCUCAGAACAGUUUUCAUAAGUCCGGUGACACCGGUGCAGCUUCUUUAUACUGACCCCACUGUGAUUCCUCAUUUAAUGUCCCUACUUAGUCGUUCAGAGAGGACACAAGAGUACAUCACCCAGAUUUUCUCCCACUGUUGUAAGACUCCAGAGCACCAAACUGUUCUAUUUCACGGUGCCAUUCAAAACAUUGCUCCGUUACUUAUAUCUCCUUCAUACAAAGUUCGGAUGCAGGCACUAAAGUGUUUCUCAGUCCUAGCUUAUGAGAACACUCAAGUCUCCUUGACACUAGUGAAUGUGCUGGUGGAUGGUGAGGUGCUUUCUCAGGUAUUUGUCAAAAUGAUGCAAAGGGAUCAACCCAUUGAAAUGCAGCUAACAGCAGCCAAAUGUUUAACAUACAUGUGUCGAGCGGGUGCCAUAAGGACUGAUGACAGUUGUAUAGUUUUAAAGACGUUGCCAUGCCUGGUUCGAAUGUGCAGUAAAGAACACCUGCUGGAGGAGAGGGUAGAGGGUGCAGAGACGCUAGCCUAUCUGAUGGAGCCUGAUGUGGAGCUACAGAGGAUUGCUAGCACAACAGACCACCUGGUCACUAUGUUGGCUGACUACUUCAAGUACCCCAGCUCUGUAUCUGCUAUAACAGACAUCAAACGGCUUGACCAUGACCUAAAACAUGCACAUGAGCUCAGACAGGCUGCUUUCAAACUUUAUGCCUCAUUGGGCUCCAAUGACGAAGAUAUCCGUAAAAAGAUAACUGAAACGGAGAAUAUGAUGGACAGGAUUGUUAGUGGCCUAUCAGAAUCUAGCAUCAAGGUUCGCCUGGCUGCAGUCAGGUGUCUUCACAGUCUGUCUCGUUCAGUACAACAGCUCAGAACGAGUUUCCAUGACCAUGCUGUGUGGAAACCUCUUAUGAAGUUAUUGCAGAAUGCUCCAGAUGAAGUUUUGGUUAUGGCCUCAUCUACACUAUGCAACCUACUGCUGGAGUUUUCCCCCAGCAAAGAGCCAAUCCUGGAAUCAGGGGUAAUAGAAUUACUAUGCAGUUUGACUCAGAGCGACAGCCCUGCACUGAGAGUCAAUGGGAUCUGGGCACUGAUGAACAUGGCUUUCCAGGCAGAUCAGAAGGUCAAAAUGGAGAUUGUUCGGUGUCUAGGCACAGAACAAUUGUUCCGUCUGCUGUCUGACCCUGACACUAAUGUGUUAAUGAAGACGCUUGGUUUGCUACGUAAUCUGCUGUCAACACGUGCUCACAUAGACCAAAUCAUGAGUUCCCACGGAAAGCAGAUCAUGCAGGCAGUGACCCUGAUUCUGGAGGCUGAGCAUAGCAUUGAGGUCAAAGAACAGACACUGUGUAUUCUAGCUAACAUUGGGGACGGCAACACAGCCAAGGAACUCAUCAUGACUAAUGAUGACAUGCUCCAGAAAGUGAAAUACUACAUGGGGCAUUCAAAUGUGAAGCUGCAGAUUGCUGCCACUUUUUGUGUCUCCAACUUAAUCUGGAAUGAAGAAGAUGGUUCUCAGGAGCGCCAGGACAAGCUGAGAGAAAUGGGCUUUGUGGACAUCCUGCACAAACUCACACAGUCCUCUGAUUCCAACCUCAGUGACAGGGCAAAGACUGCUAUGCAGCAGUAUCUGGCAUGACUACUGUGGAGGGACAACUACUACCAGGCUAACGUUUGUUUGGAGGACACCUUUGGUUGCUUUAGUUUCUAGUUUGAUUUGGAGCUUGGUUUUGUUGCACAAUAUCAACCAUUUUUAAGUGUGGCUGGCCUCCCUUUAAUUCACUCACAACAACCGGACACUACCACCUCAGCCCACCCUCAAAUCUCCACUUUGACCAAGUUCAUUGAACAUCGAUGCAUUGUUUUUGUUCAAUGAUGAAGUGAACUUUAUUGGGACUUUUGAAGUUUUGCGUAGAGUGCAGUAGCCAGUCAGCAGUUGGUCUGGGCACUUUUGGCCUACCCUCAGAGGAGACUCAGGACUCAAAACAUUUGAACUUUAAAGUUUGAAGUAAGAGCUGGGCUUAUUGAUGGACUUUCACUCCUCCCACUUUUUUAACUUAAUUGUUAACUAAGAUAAAUAUUUUUCCUUAUGGUGUCAAAAUUAAGGACAUCUGUACAGACAGACUGCCUAUUUUGAAAAUGUGGGUGUUUUUCUUUGUGGAUACAUACCUCGUAAAUAUAUAUAUGUAUAUAAAUAUAAAUAUAUAUUUUUUGGAAUUUUAUUUUCCCCCGGCCCUCUUUUGUCAUUUAUUCUGUUGUACCCUAAUUCUCGACACAUAAGUUGAGUGCUCUGAUGCAAUUCUACAUUUGGACAUUGUCUAUACUACACUACAGACAUUAGAUACUGAAUUCCUUUCUUCUUUUCUGCUGUUGUGUUUCUGCAUCAGGCUCGGACUGGUAAUCUGUAGUAGGCCUGGUAGGACGCUCCACCUCAGACCACAUUUGGGCCCAAAUUUUGUUCCCAGUCCGACCCUGUUGUGCAUACACUGGGGCUUGUCACUACUUUUCGGUCUUUUGCUCUCAAUAGUACCCUGAUAAUAGUGCGACUCAAACUGCCUAAUCACAAAUACCCAUCAGUAUACAUUAUGAAGGAAAUAGGAAUCAAUCUUUGAAUGCAAUCUUUCUAAUCACCUCUGCACCUUCUUUGUGAUCUUUUCUAAAGGGAUAAGUGAAAAUGGCUAAGCUCCAGAGGUUGCUUUUAUUAUGUGUAAAAGAUAAGAUGCUAAAAGUUAAGUGUCAUAUCUAAGCAGGUAAAUGCCCCAAGUUCGUUGAGCGCAAUGGAAUAAAGACACAUUGUAUUUCAUGCUUCUGUUAUUGUUUUCCUUUUUCCACACUCUUGUGAUGUUAACAUUUCAAACCUUUAUUUAGCUCCGAUAGAAUGAAUGUCAUGAGAAAUAUAUGCAGAUAUGAAGGUG